AUGGAAGAGACCGAUACAAAAUAUAUUCUUUCAAUUGAUGGAGGUGGAAUUCGAGGUAUAGUUCCUGCCAAAAUACUCGCAGAAAUUGAAAAAAGAGUAACUGAAGAAUUAAAAAAAGAAAAUCCUAAUGCUGAUAUGAGAUGUGCCGAUUUUUUUGAUAUCCUUGCUGGAACUUCAACUGGUUCUAUACUUUCUUUAGCUUUAGUUGUACCUGAAAAUGAUCGUCCAAAGUAUAAUGGUUCAUUUAUGGUGGAUUUUUUUCAAAAACAUGGAAAUGAAGUCUUUCCUAAUUAUUCUCCUUUUGGACAUGUUGAUAAAUUAUUGAAGAAUGUCACUAAUGUAUUCAAAGGUGUUGAUUUAUCCAACAUGGCUAGUAAUGUUGUUAAUGUUGUUAAAAAAGAAACUCUUAAAAUUGAGACGAAUAUUACAAAUAUAACUGAAUCUGAUAGUAAAGAUAAUAAUGGAUCUGAUGGUAAAGCUGAAAAAAAAGGGUUUGUUGAAAGAUUUGUUGGUUUUCUAAGCCCAAGUCCAAAUUCUCCUGACAAAGAUAAAACAAUUAAAAAUAAUGAAACUAAUAAUAGAGACAUUGGUGAAAUUAAGAAUAAGGUGGAAGAAAGUGUUUCAACAAGUAUAACUAAUGUAACUAAAAGUAACACUGAAGAUGGAGCUAUUAGUAAUACUGAAAAUGUAACCACUGAUGUAUCUAUUGACACGAAAGAUGACAAAACUUUUAAGGAACAUUUAUUUGAAUUACAAGAAUUUUUAAAAUCUUAUGAUCCUUUUGGUCCAAAAUAUGAUCCAUCUGGUUUUGAAAAAUUAUUAAAUGAAAAUUUUAAAGAUCUUAAACUUAAAGAUGCUGUAAAUGGUGUGGAAGUAUUUAUUACUUCUUAUAAUCUCUCCCAUGGUAAACGUGUCUUUUUUUCAAAUUUAACCUCUGAACAUGAGGAUUGUUUAAUGAAAGAUAUUGUACGUGCAAGUGCUGCUGCUCCCACUUUUUUCCCUGCCAAAAAUUUAUCUAGUAAAUAUUAUAUAGAUGGUGGU